CUCCAGCUGGGGUUUGGUUGGUCACGCGGGAACAGGUGGAGGAAAAUCUCCUUACAGGGGGGGAGAAGAGGGGGACGCAGAAAUAAACUGCGACGGCAGUGAACGCAUCACACCAACCAACAGCAGCUUGCGGUUUGAUCUAUGACGAGCUCCGUCUCCUCCGCAGGGAGUUCGCCCGGACUACCGGCUGCAUCCGUCAACUACCGGCCGGUCCUGGUCCCGGUGUGGGUCUAUGUUCGAGGAAGGAGGCUGUGAAGCGGCAGCAGGCAGAUCUCCAAGCGGUUUAUUUACUUGAAAGAAGGCGGCAGGAUGCUGUGGCUGCUGCUCUGUCUGCUGCCUCCGGUGGUCUGCAGCAGAACCGUCACCCAGGACGUCGCUUAUAAAGAAAGACACAGCCACGAGGAGGUUGCCGUGACGACGAGGCCUCACAUCUAUUACUGCCGCUCGCCCAACAUGGAGGACUUCACCUGCUGGUGGCAUCCGCUCGACAACCUGACGGACGGAGAGCAGGUCACAUACGUCCUGAGCUACUCCAAAGAUAAGGGGCCCAAACAUGAAUGUCCAGACUACCUGACUGCCGGCCCCAACAGCUGCCACUUCGACAGCAGCCACACGUCCAUAUGGAAGAUCUACUGUAUGAACGUGACCGCCGUCACCGCCUACAGGAACUACACUUCCCAGGAGCACUGCCUGGACGUGGCAGAGAUAGUUCAGACUGAAGCUCCGGUUAACCUGACCUACAUGCUGACGGAUGCCGGCGGGGAUGAGAUGGGCCACAGCGUGCUGCUGUCCUGGACGUACCCGGUGCCCUCCGACCUGCAGUAUGGGUGGAUCACGCUGGUGCACGAGCUGCAGUACAGACGCGUUACCGAACCCGAGAACUGGAAGGUGAAACACCCUCUGCGGGAGCCUCACGUGGAGCUGCUCGGCCUCCCUGUCGGGGACUACGUGGUCCGAGUCCGCUGCCGGUCGCACAACUACGGCCUGUGGAGCAAAUGGAGCUCCACGCUGCUGAUGAGCAUCCCCACCAGGCCGCCUGCAGGUAAACUCCUGGUGCGGAUUCUGGUGUCAGGCGUCGGUGUCGUGGCUCUGCUGGUUAUCGCCUUUGGUAUUAUUCCACAGAGCAGGAGAAUAAAAGACUACUUCCUGCCGCCCAUUCCAAAACCGCGGAUCAUCGGCAUCGACCCGCUGCUCUUGAAGAACGGGAACUUGGACGAAAUCAACCGUCACCUCAGUAACUUCCACAGCUACAAACCUCCGAGGUACACUGAGGAGGUUUGGCACCAGGUCAACGCUGACGACGUCUAUCUCACCACGCCGAAGGGCUGCAGCGACCCGGCCGACCCGACGGACAGGGAGAAGGACGCCUUAAUGGUUCCGUGUGACCUGACGCCACAUCAUCAGUUCACAACCCAAAACCCGUCAUCGUACGUGUCGCCCUACUGCUCCUCGCCUCCUGAAGCGUUCACCCCGUCUCUGAACGUGCCUUCCCUGUGGCCGAGGCCAGAGAUCGUUUCGCUGCCGGGGACGGAGUACAGCGUGAUGGGACAUCCCGGCCUUACCAACGCUGUCCCUGCUCCUGUCGCCACCGCUGCCACCACCAAACGCUCGCCGCAGGAUUUCUACACCUGCGUCCAGCUCAUGAAUGAAAGCGGCGAGGUGCAUCUGGUGCCGUGCCUGCCGCCGAUCAAUUUAGAUGCAGGGGAGGAGGAGGAGGAGGAGAAGAAGAAGAAACUAGCCGUCUACCACGCCAGGACAAACGUGAUGAACCGGCUGAAAGAUGGCGGCGAGGCUGAGAGGAGCGAGGCGGCUGACCCUCUGCUGCCUGUUGCUGUUGAUAACAAGGGCUGAACAGAGAUCCACGAAAACACAAAUACUGUGAAAACUGGUGAACGUGCUAAACAUGGCGACUGUUGCCAUGUUCACGUGAGAAUCUGCUGUAACCUGCUGGUUUGACGCACGACGAUGUUCUGUGGACCAAAAAAAAACAAUGCAGACUCUACGAAACAUAAUUUCUGGUGCAAUGAACAGCAAGUUUUUCUUCGGAAAAGUUCCCCUGGACCUCAACUUCUUUCUGUUUUUGGUAACUGUGGUCACCUGACCAGAAACUGUUAUCCUUUAGGGGACCAAACCACCUUAAGAGCGAAAUCGGAAACAAGCGCUCCACCCAGAACAAGCUGGUCACAUUACAUGAUUUAUGGGUAAUGAAGUCCAUCAACCUUGAGGAGAGUAUGAAGUUGCCUCGUGCAGUUUUAAAUUAAAUAAACAAGAACAAUAACAUAAAUACCACAUCACCGCGUGCUGUUUCUCCCGUACCGUGGUCGUCUCUGCAAAGCUUCACAUUCAGGAUGUCUUUCUCAGGAAAAAGAAAUAAAAAAUCUCGGGUUGUUUCAGGUCUGGAAGAGAGAGAUUAACUACUGGUUUCAUUUAGCAUUCAGACCCUCUUUCUUUUUUCUCUGUUAGUGUGUUUAUAUGCAUUAAUGUUGCAGAUAUUAGCCUCGUCCUAGUUGGGAUAUGGCAUUUUACACAAGACAAUAAGCUUCUUUGCACAUUCUUUACGUUUCCUGCUGUGUUUUAAUGUUUGGACUACAGAAACAGUUGUGCUGUCAAACAAACUCAAAUAUAAACCAGAUGUUGUUCUUUAUAUGCUAGGAAAUACCUGUUAAUAUCACCAUAUCCCAGCUAGUUUUCACACGAUUUUCAUAUUCAGGGUAUGGGCGUAUUCCAUUAAUAUACAUGCACCAACUCAUUAAGGGAAUAUUUCAUUAUCCUGAACAUGAGUGGAAUAUUAAUCUGCAUGUGAAGACACUGUCUCACUCUGAAUCUGUCACGUUAUCUUUAUCCAGUCACUCACUUUCCUGUCUCAUCCUUCAGCAUUUUGCCCAAUACGUGGAGAUUUAGAGGAGAAACCUACUGUCUUGCACAUAAUCUGUAGUCCAAUAUGGUGAUCUUCAACAGAUUUAUCCCAAAAACUUGUUUUAAAGAGGUCAGGAAUAAACAAACUAACUAGAUGUAAACUGUGAAUUUAAGCUCCUGUUGCAGAAUAUCUGUUGUUUUCUGUUCAUCAUACUCAGGUGGUUUAACAAACUUUUCUACCACUGUUGUAAUAUAUUGUAUCUGUCAGUCAUUGUGUUGUUUCCUGAACUCUCCAAACUCUCUUUAUGUUCCAGAGAACAAACAAGGUACAGGAAGAAGCGGGCCCCUCUGACCGUAUAUUUUUCUAAUGGAUCACUUGAGUCCUGUUUAACAAAUUUAAAGUGGUCAUAUUAUGCUCAUUUUCAGGUUCAUAAUUUUAUUUUGGGGUUGUACUAGAAUAGGUUUACGUGGUUUAAUUUUCAAAAAACACCAUGUUUUUGCUCACACUGCACAUUGCUGCAGCACCUCUCGUCUUGAGUUUUAGCUCCCGAGUGAGGCGUCCCACUUUUAUUCGAUCUUUGUUGGGAGUUGCACAUGUGCAGUACCGAAGUAAGGACUACUAGCCAAUCAGAAGCAGAGUAGGGCGGGUCCUAACGAGCAAGGUAGUGUGAUCCAAAACAAACCCGCUUCAGCCGGUUACUAUGGCUUCGGUCCAGCCGUACAACCCGAACCAGCUCCACAACAGAGACUGGAGCAAGUUCAGAGUGGUAAGUUAUUCAUUUGUAACUAAUUUAUCUGUCAUAGGUAACGUUUUAACUGAGCACUCUCUCUACAUCACAGUAACAACUUUACGCCCAUUGGCUGCCUGGAGGGUAUCUAACGUUAUUUUAAUUUCAUAUUUAGGUGUACUUGUGGAAACUGCUCGAUUCGUGUGCAUUAUGACGCGUGUGACAUAGUGACGUAGAUGUGUUACGGAAGUAAAGGCUGGACUACAAUCGAGCGGUUUUCAGGCAGUUCAGGAGCAGAGUUUUCUGUGGGAGACGGUAACUCCCUUUGGGGUGGACUUUGCAAUAUAGGAAAGGGAAGAAUGUCAAAAAGCAUAAUAUGACCACUUUAACACUAUUACAAAAAGUAUUUUGAAUAUUAUAGAGAUGCUGAAUGGCUUCUUCUUCUUUUCUCCUUAAAUGGAAGUAAUGUAUUUUGCAUUACAAGCGGAGCAACAAGAACCAGCAUUUAGAAGUCACCAUUCGGCCAAAAUAAGAGAACUCCCUCCUCCUGUCCUUGGAUUUCUGAGGAGUUAACAAAGAGGAGGUGGCAGAAGAAGGAUAUUUAAGAGUAAUCCAAAUUAAUGUGAUGCCUCUCAUGUUAUCAAACUGGGAAAUCCACCAUUUUUGGUCUCAGACUUGGAGAUCCUGACCCUUUAUCCCAACCGUACUCGCAUUCGACAGCAAACUUCCCCCAGUGACUUGUACUGGAAACUCUGGUGUCAUGGACAUCUUCUUUUGUUUUGGCAGUUUUAGUGUAUCUUCCCGCUGGUAAACCUGAAAAUUUCCAGUUUCACUUGUUGGCUAAAAUACCAGAAGCACCAAAGACGAGCCACUAGCAUUUAACCAGUUGGGUACUUGAUUUUAAACACCAGCAGUUGGGCAUCACAAUGAUUUUGGACUAAAUACUGUAACCACAGUGCGGUCUGACUGGGUGUGAAGCUGCACCAUUUAUCAAAUUGUUCAGAGGUGGAUUAACGUGCUAAUCAGGGAUCAAUCAAAAGCAAUACCCUGAUGGACUUAAAAAAAGUAGACCACUAACUAUAAAACACUUGUCGUAAGCUGCACUGCACAUCCUCCACCCUCACCUCUGAUACUGGGAACAGCAGUUAACGUUGUGCCGUCACUGUUUUUCUCAUUGAUGUUUCCGUUAGAUGUCGUGCUGUUAUCUAUUUUUGUGCCUGUGUGUGCCUUUUUAUUUCCCCACAGAGCAGUAUUUGUUCGCUAUUCCUACUCUAUCGUGUUGAAAUCUCAGCAGAUGUCUUGACCAGCCAACGUGCCACUCUACACGCCUGGAAAUGCUUUCAUGUGAGGAAAAUGGUUCAUGAUUAAGAGUAUGGAAGUAUAAAACCUGCUCAGUGUUUUUAUCGUGACAAAACCACUAAACAAGGUUUCAUUUCAACAUGAAACUUUGUUCUUGUCAGACAAAAGCACUUUGGAUUCGAUGCAAUAAAAAGUGAAAAGGCAGCUUAAACAUGUUUAUCACUUAUACACACAACUUUUUGAGUUGUGUAAAAUGUUUCUCCUACAAAUUAUAUUCAGAGUUCGGGCUGCUGGGCGGAUCAGUGAAGUCUGUUGUCUCAUGCUAGCAGUCAAGCAUUGGCAUUUUUAGUAACCAUCUUUCUUUCACCUUUUAAAAAACAAACAAACAAAAAAACGGGUUUUGGUUACCUAAACGUCAAAUGAACAGACUGAAAGACAUUAGCAGAGAAGAUGUUUGCUGGUAUGUUCAAUAUAAAGACAAAUGUAAUCCAUAAUUAUCAGAUGAUUGAUGUUAAAAACUCACUGGGCCGAAGCGUUACCAAAUGGCCGCUGAUAGUAUUCUUGCUAGUUAGCUUGUGGCUAACUGUCCCCCUUGGUUGAAGUCAGGAAGACUAUCAGGCUACUGAGGAAAAAUAGCUAAAAGUAAUUUAUCUUUAUGUUGUGUUUUUCUUCCAAAUUAGAAAGUGUCCCCCAAAAAAUGGCCUGUUGGCAUUGAUAGCGUUUUUUUAUUGUGUAGGUUGCUAGCCGCAGCAGGUUUUCUCCGGUUUAAAGAAGGAAAUGUCAAAUUUGCAGUAUUUUGCACUAUAUUUGCUGCUUGACAGAGAAAUAUUUACCACAGUAUGACCAGAUGAGAAAACGUAACCAAGAACAAAUCAUGUUUACUGCUUGUACAUACUAAGAUAUCAAUAAGGCGAUCAAAGAUAUAAAAAUUUGUUUUAUUCUCCAUUCCCAAAAGUUAUUACAUACAAUAACUUUUGUAAAUGCAACACAAAGCAUCAAGUGGCUAUUUGUUUUUUCUCUACGUUGGAUUCUGAAGCAUUUUGUUGUUAAAGAUUUGUUGUCUGCUGAAAGCACUUUUCUAUUAUAGCAAAUAAAGUCUGUUCAUAUUC